AUGGCGGUAGCGUGCGUCGUCCGCGCAAUCCACGGCAUGGGCCUGGAGGUGGCGCCUCAUAAAUCUGAGGCGCUCUUCCUCCGCCGGGGGAAGCGGAACCAUAUGCACGGAGCCCCCCCGGAUGCGGCCUAUGUCGUGGUGGAUGGCACCUCUGUCCGGGUGGGGACCCAAUUGAAGUAUCUGGGUCUCUACCUGGACAACACCUGGAGCUUCAACGGGCACUUCCAACGUCUGGCCCCCAGGGUAGAGGCAGUGGUUCACUCUCUGAGCCGCCUCCUGCCCAACUUGGGGGGUCCGGACGGGAAGGUGCGCCGCCUAUAUGCGAUGACCGUCCGCGCAGUGGCCCUUUAUGGGUCACCGGUAUGGGCGGGCGCCCUGAUGGCAAGCCGGCGCGGCAAGAUGUUGCUGCGCCGCAUAUUCCGGCGGGUGGUCAUCAGGGUGAUCCGCGGUUACCGGACGGUGUCGCACACGGCGGCCUCAGUGCUUGCGGGAUUGCCGCCCAUCGAGUUGUACGCUUUAAUGCACACAGAGGUGUACAGGCGUACAAAAGAGCUCGGUGGGCUCGGCGUAGUUCUGAUCCCGCGGGUCAGGGCUGCCGUUAGGCUCCAGGCUCGGCGGCGCAUGCUGGAGAGAUGGUUGGAGGAUCUCUCCAACCCCCGUGAUAACUCGCGGGCACGCGUCGUCGAGGCCGUCCGCCCCCGCCUAAUCAAAUGGGCGGAAAGGGCGGGCGGCGAGAUGUCAUACCGUAUGGCACAGGUAUUUUUACGGGCCAUGGAUGUUUUGGCUCUUACCUGUGCCGUAUCGGUCGCGAAGUGGACGCGCGCUGCCACCACUGCGGGGAGGACGAGGACACGGCGCAACACACUUUAG